AUGUCUGACGACAAUACCCGCCGCCACUGGCACGGAAUCCCCGGCGACCGUCACCAGCACAUCAAUGUCUGGAUGAACGGCGGUGCCAAGAGCCCUAGUGGUCGUGCUGCGUGGGCAAUGCCUACCACAGACACUAGAAGGGACUCCAAUACCUCCACCUCCUCAGACGGAACCAAACCCACCGAAGGCACCGCACCAAACCCCCCAACCCUAGCUGAACGCCGUCGAAGCUCAGCCGGCUCUUCCGGCGGUCUCUUCUCGAACCUGAAUACACAGAAGCGUGAAUCUACAAACCCGGAUAUGGCUACCCGUCGUGCGAGCUGGAAUGAGCAGGCUGCCAAGGGAGGCAUGUUCUCGAAGUGGUGGGAGGGAUACACCAGAGGCAGUGAUAGCAAGUAG